CUUCAUCACCCCCAACAAUACCUCUCUAUCUCUCUCUCUCUCUCUCUCUCCCUCUAGCUCUCUCUCUCUCCUUCUUCAUGGCUCCCUUAUCUCUCUGUCCAUAACUUGUCUCAAACACUACUUGCUCUUCUCUCUUCUUUUAAGUGUCUUUGAUAAACUUAUAUAUAUAUACUUCCAUACCAGCUCCAUCUUGGAGAUAACUUAAGUUUCUGACAAACCAUCUCUCUCUCUCUCUCAAUUACAUCUCUCUUACUAGCUCUCUCUCUCUCUCUCUCCAUUACUAGUUUUUAUUGACAAUGUCUAGCCGAAGGUCUCGUUCGAGGCAGUCAGGUGUUUCGAGGAUUUCUGAUGAUCAGAUUGCUGAUCUCGUCUCUAAGUUGCAACAACUUAUUCCUGAGAUCCGCAAUAGGCGCUCUGACAAGGUCUCAGCUUCAAAGGUCUUGCAGGAGACUUGCAACUAUAUAAGAAGCUUACACAAAGAGGUGGAUGACCUAAGUGACAGGUUAUCUGAGCUUUUGGCCUCUACAGACAGUGACAGUGCUCAAGCAGCUAUUAUUAGGAGCUUACUUAUGUAAUACAAGUACUACUACUACUUUAGGAUGAUCUCAUGAUGCAUGACUUUGUUCCUAUCCAGUUUUUAGCUGCUAGGGUUUGGUCACUAGGCCAAGUUAUAUAGUGGUUAAUUAGCUUGGUUUGUAUGGUAGAUAAGUAUAUAAUAAAAGGGCUUGCACUUAAUUAGUAGAUCUUCUCAUUUACCAACUCAUUUGAUCAAGUUGGUAAUAUGAGUAGGUUUGAAUUUUUAGUAUCCAUGAUGGUAAGAGUGCAUUGUGCCCAGUGAGGAAAAUCUGAUGAUUAUCUAGCUUUCUGUUGCUUAUUGUGACACUUCUAGUGUACACAUAUGAGCUGCAUGUAUCUAAAUUUCAGUGUAGUUUGCUAUAUAUUAAUUGCAGAAAUAAUAUAUUAGUUACUCAAA